AUGGACAAAUACGGAGUUUUAAGUUUCAACUUAAAUGAAAAUACAAGUCAAAAUAUGAAAAUGCAAUUUAUAAUUUUAUGUUUCUUAUUUGCUUUCCAAGUAACCAUAAGCUUAAGCAUUCCUUUCCUAUUUUAUCACCCCUAGCAAUUACUAUGUACCAAAUCCCAUGAAGGAUCCGAGUUUUUUCCAUGUACUGAAUAAGAAAUGUGUAAAAACCACUAUUUUUUCCGUUACCUUGAUUCCGAAAUAAUUCAUUCUAUAUCAAUGGAAUAUGAUUUUUUUUGUAUAUCUGGUCAACUCUAAGAAUCCGCUAUGUUAGGUCUCGCCUUAAUUGGCUAAGUAGUAGGUUUUGCUAUUUCUAUGUUUUUUGAUAUACCAAAGCCCCAUAAAGCUAAAAUGCUCUUAUUUACUGUAAUAAUAGAAUCGGCACUUUUAAUAUCAAUAAAAAUUAUCUAUUUACCUUCCUUUUUCCUCUCCGUAGCCUUGAGUUGCUGGAAUGGUCUUUUCGCCUUUUAUUUCGGCUAAUAAUACGCUUAUAUAUGUGAUGUUUAUUCUGCCACAAUUAAUAAUGUUGCGCCUGUCGCUUUAGGGUUUAUGUAGCCUUUUAUUGGUCUUUUUUACAUUUUAUAUGCCUCCUAUGAUAAAGAAUGGAGAAAUCAUUUAGCUUAUUUUACUGCUAUUCCUUUAUUAGCUAUUGGUGUUAUUUGGUUUUGUAUUUAUGAUUAUAGAAAUGAUGAAAAUGAAACUGUAAAAGAGGAAAAGUCCAAAAUAGCUAAAAUCGACUAAUAUAAUUUCAUAUAGGAUCUUCUUUUUAAAUACAAUGAAUUAAUCACUUAACCUAAAAUGCUUACAAACUCAAUUAUGUACGUUUUAUGUUGGCUAAAUUCAAGUAUGGCAUAUACAAGUUCUUAUCUCGUCUUCAGUGAUAUUAAAGUAGGCUCAUUUUUCUAUAAUAUGUAUUUUUCUUAAGUCGCUGAUGUAUUCGGAGGGUUACUUGCUUAUAUUUUAUUUAGAUGCUUCCCUUCUAGAAAUGUCAUGUUUAUUUCUUCCAUUAUUGCUGGCUUUGUUUAAUGCGCAACUUUCGGAUUGAAUCAUAAUUCUUCGUAUUAUGCAGAAAUGGGACCUAUAGUAGUUGCUAGGGCUUAUAAAUCGAUUAUUGUGGGUGGCUUAUUGAUUGUUACACCAUAAUUAGUACCUUUUAGAUACCUUUUAUUAUUAUUUACAUUCUCUAAUAUAGCAACUUUAGGACUUAGUAGUGUUAUGCCAUUGUAUAAGAUUAUUUGUGACUAAUUUGGGAUUAAUAUUUUUGUUACUUUUGGAGUUAUGGCAUUUAUUUGUAGCUAUUAUAUUAGGAAAUGGACUUAUAAGGAAGAUUUAGGAAUUUAAGAGACUAAUUUAGAAUAAGAUGCGGGUGUAUAAAAAAACUAAAUGACAUAAUUUAUGCAAACUGGGGCGUAACCAAUUAGAGGUAAAAAAAUGGAAAAAAAAUAGUCUGCAAGUGAAAUUAGAGAUAGUGAAGCACUACUUGAAUAUCAUAAAAGAUGA